GUCUCUUGCCAGACAGCCACAUACCCAAUUGUUGGAGAGAGAUUACAUAACAUAACAUAUCAUAUCUCAAAGCUAUAUAUAUACAUAUAAGUUUAUAACAUAUAUAUAUAUGUUCACAUCUUCAAACAUAUGCUACAUAAGAGAAUUAAGCUUGAGAUUUUUCAAUUAAUUUGAGUUAUUAGAAUUUAGAAGAAGCUAUGGAAAGUUCACAUUCACAUUCUUCACAACCUCUUUCUAUUGAAAGCUUCUCUUAUAGUUGGUUAGUGAACCUUAAACCUUCACUAGAGAGCUUAGAUAGUUCAUUGAGAACUUCUCUUGAUGCUUAUUAUUCUGAUGAAGCUUCUUCAUUCAUUGAGAUGGAUCCAAGAAUGCCACCUUCAAAGAGAUUCUUCCCAAAGAACAGCAACAGCAACUGCUCUCAAGAUUUCAAGUUUGAUUUCCCAACUUCUUCACAAUCACAAAGUGAUGCAGAUCAAUUGUUUUCCAAUGGCUACCUCAUGCCUCUCUUUGUUCAAUCAUUGAAGAUGGAAGAAUAUGAUGAUCAUGGGGUCCUAGAUUCCAAUCUUCCAAGCCUAAAUUCCUCUUCGAAUGCGUCGAAUGGCACGGCUGCGCCUUCUUCUUCGGCUCAUUCGAGAUGUCCUUCAUUGAAAAGGUGCAGAACAUUAUCAAGGAGGAUAAUUCAAAAGUAUCUGAAUUUCUUAAGGCCCUUGUGUAGAAAACUGAGGGGUCAGAAUCACAGCAAGACUAGUUCGAAUUCGAGCACUGAGAAAGUUGUUAAGAGGAGUCAAUCAGUGAAGAAUAGGGGAUACUAUUCUGAAGCAUCUCCUAGAAUCAGUGUUGCUUAUUCUGCAGAUGAUUGGAGAAAUGAAAAAAAAAAAAAAAGACAGAAUCUCAAUCAUAUGAUGAGUGAGUGGGCUCCUAUUAAAUUUUGUUUGCUUAAUAUAGUGUGAAAGAACAUAAUUCUAAUUGAAGUUUAUUUGCAUUAGCAGUUAGCACCAUUAGCAUGCUAUAUGCAUGAGUUGAACUACACUUUCUUUACAUACAUAGAAUAGAAGCCUUGAGGAAUGGAAUUUUUUUUUAUAAAGUUUAAAUACCAAUGGCGUAUUUAUUGUCAA